UUUCAAAAUAUUUUGGAUUGUGUUGUUCCGUUCCGUUCUUCGAUGCUUUUUUAUAUACGUAGUUUUCCGGUUCCAAGUGAAUAAAAAUGAGCUAUCCAAGACCCAAUACCGGUUACAGCAAUCCGAAUUAUCGUCCCCGACCAAUGUUUCCAGCCAACAGUCAGCGAGCGCCGUACUCUGAUCCACUUCCGCCGGGAACGGAACCACCCGGAGUAGGUGAAUACUAUCCUGCUCCCGAUUGGCAGGGAACUAGGCCACCGCAUCCUGCUCCCACGAUUAAUCUAUAUCCUAUGUCACCUGUCCCCUACGAUGGCUAUGGUUAUCCCCGCUAUCCACCUGUACCUUACGGAGGUGACCCGUACUAUACACAUUCCAGUUAUUCUUCCGCGCCCUCGCGGUACUACGAUUAUCCCAGCAGAAACCCGGUUUCGAACGAUCGUCGGGACAUGAGGUAUGGCUCGGAAGCUCGAUACACCGAGAGUAAUCGUAGAGACCCAACAUAUCGCAGUCGUUCUUCGCCACCGCCUGGGGAACGUGUUCCAAGUCAUGGUGGCCGGGGAUAUUCGGUUCCAAGGCCUCGCAGUCGCGAAAAAGAACGCACCCGGGAACCAGAUCGUGAUCGUUCUGUGCGAUCGUCUUCGGUUCGAUCGGAAUCUCGAAAACCGGAUUCCACGAACACCGGAACCGAAUCUCAAAAGGAGCGAUUGCCCAGAAGUUCGCGAUUCAAACCGGAUUCCGAGCGUGAGGCAAUUCUGUCCAACUGGAGAAAGAAUUACUGCGAAACCCCGGAAGACAUCAGCAGGAAAUUGGCUGAGCUUAUGAACUCGGAGGAAAAAAUAAGCUGGGUCAGAUCAUCACCGGCUGAUCUGUACUAUCGGCGUGUAUCGGAUAAAGUUGUAGAGGCCACUCCACGUUCCGAGGCUUUAUGCACCCUCUUCGAGAGUGAAUUAAUCAAUCGGGCGGAAAAGGUUCGCGCCACCCAACCACCCUAUCAGCCACCGCCCAGAAAGCACAAAGUUCGCGUCUGUCGGCACAAGAACGACAAGUGUUCUUCGUCCGAUUCCUCAGACGAUGAACCGAACUUCGAAGAGGAGUGCAGCAUGGAGGAGUUGACGGCCAAAAUUAAGCAUCCCUACCGGCUGCAUGUGGAUCUGUGGUUCAACGACCCCGGGGAGAUGAACGAUGGGCCGCUCUGUCGAUGUUCGGCACGGUCCAGACGCACCGGAAUCCGGCAUGGUAAAUACCCUGGGGAAACAGGUUUCACCCGGUGCUUACCCAGUAGCAACAAUGCCGACAAACUGUACCAUUACCGCAUAACGAUUUCACCGCCGACAAACUUCCUUACGAAAACUCCAACAAUCAUUAAGCACGAUCAGCACGAGUUUUUGUUCGAGGGUUUCUCGCUGCUGUCGCAUCAGCCCAUUGGGGAGCUGCCCACCUGUAAGGUGAUCCGGUUUAACAUCGAGUACACCAUUCUGUACAUCGAGGAGCAGCUGCCGGAGAAUUUCACCAUCAGGGAGCUGGAUUUGUUCGAGCGGUUUUUGUUCCGAGAACUGCUGGAACUGGUGGAUUUUAGCGUGUAUCCAUCGGGUGCCAGCAUCGAGGACAGCUGUCAGUGCUACCAUUUUUUGCCUCGGUUUGUGAGGGAUUUGCCGGACAAUGGAAAAGAGGUACUGGCGAUGUGUGAGGUGUUGCGAUAUUUGUUGGAUAAUUCUGGUCCACUGGUGGCACCGGAUAUUUUGGCGGAAAUGCCUGAUAUGAGUCAGAUCGAGUGGCAGGACUACGUGGAUUACGUGAAGGGAAUGGUCGUGACAAAUCCCGGUAUGAAACCUUGCUCGGUGCGGGUUGAUCAGUUGGAUAGGAAUGUGGGCGAUGUUCCAACGGCUAACUUGAAGGACGAUGACGGGCUGGUUCAUCCAGUUAUAGUACAUUUUGGGAUAAGACCACCUCAGUUGAGCUAUGCAGGAAAUCCGGAAUAUCAGAAGGCUUGGCGAGAGUACGUCAAGUUUCGACACUUGAUUGCCAACAUGUCGAAGCCUUCGUUUGACGAUAAGCGAAAAUUGGAGGUAAAGGAGAAUCGAUUGUUGGAAAUGCGCACCCAGGGAAGAAUGAAGCGAAACGUAACGGUGGCUGUCAGUGCGAAAGGUUUCCAUCGAACCGGGAUCAUGUGCGAUAUGGUUCAGCACGCUAUGGUUAUUCCGGUGUUGACCGGGCAUUUGCGAUUCCACCGGUCUUUGGAUGUUUUGGAAAGUUUUAUCGAGUACAAGUUUACUAACCGUUACACACUGCAGCUGGCAUUGACUCACCCUUCGUAUAAGGAAAAUUUUGGAACCAAUCCGGAUCACGCUCGAAACAGUUUGACCAAUUGUGGCAUUCGGCAGCCGGAAUACGGAGAUAGGAAGAUACAUUUUAUGAACACUCGCAAGCGGGGUAUUAAUACUUUGAUCAGUAUUAUGUCUCGUUUUGGCAAAGAACAUGAAACAGACAGUAAAAUAACUCACAACGAACGUUUGGAAUUUCUGGGGGAUGCAGUGGUUGAGUUCAUCACGUCGAUUCAUUUGUUUCACAUGUUUCCGGACUUGGAAGAAGGUGGUCUCGCAACAUAUCGUGCAGCGAUUGUUCAGAAUCAACAUUUGGCGGUGCUGGCAAAGACUUUGCAUUUAGAAGAGUUCAUGUUGUAUGCUCACGGAUCUGAUUUGUGCCACGAGCUGGAGUUGCGACACGCAUUGGCCAAUUGUUUCGAAGCUUUGAUGGGAGCUUUACUUUUAGACGGUGCCAUUGAAACUGCUGAUCGAGUCUUUGCCUAUGCUCUGUUCCAUGAGGAUUUAAAUUUGCGCAAUAUCUGGGUAAACUAUCCACCACACCCACUGCAGGAACAGGAACCAACCGGUGAUAGGCACCACAUUGACUCGUACGAAAUGCUGAAGACUUUAACCAAAUUUGAGGAAUCGAUCGGAGUUACAUUCAAUCACAUACGGCUGCUAGCGAGAGCAUUUACCGAUAGAUCGAUUGGAUUCACCAACCUUACCUUGGGAUCUAACCAAAGGUUGGAAUUUCUUGGUGAUACAGUUCUCCAGCUGAUAUGUUCCGAAUAUCUCUAUCGGCAUUUUCCAGAACAUCAUGAAGGUCAUUUGUCUCUGCUGAGAAGUUCCCUAGUCAACAAUCGAACUCAAGCGGUGGUUUGUGAUGAUUUGGGUAUGACAGGUUAUGCUGUAUAUUCAAAUCCGAAAGCAGAUUUGAAAACCAAGGACCGUGCUGAUCUGCUGGAAGCUUUCCUUGGAGCGCUUUACGUCGACAAAGGUCUCGAGCAUUGCGAAAUGUUCUGUCAUGUAUGCCUAUUCCCAAGGUUGCAGGACUUUAUCAUGAAUCAAGACUGGAACGAUCCGAAAUCGAAACUUCAACAGUGCUGUUUGACCCUUCGUACAAUGGAUGGUGGUGAACCGGACAUUCCGAUCUACAAAGUGAUUGAAUGCAAUGGACCGACCAAUACUCGAGUUUAUACGGUGGCCGUCUAUUUCCGCGGGAAGCGAUUGGCUUGUUCUAGUGGACAUAGCAUUCAGCAGGCCGAAAUGAACGCAGCUAAAAAGGCGCUAGAAAAUUCCAAAGAUCUGUUCCCUCAGUUAGAUCAUCAGAAGCGAGUCAUAGCCCAAAGUUUGAAGAGACAAAAAGUGCGUCGAUCUUCUGCAGAUCCUGGAGACGAUCAGUCACGUUAUGGCCAUUCCAGCGAUUCUGAAUCUUCCUCUAACAAUGAUUCCUCAAAUCGUCGUCGGCGAAGGUGCGUUCCUGAAUCGCCUAAACUCCCGAAACAAUACCAGCAAGUGAAAAAUGAUUCCGAUGACGAAGUUGAGUCAGUGAAAUCAUCGCGGACAAAAAAACUUGUCAAGAAGGAAAAUACUGAAAAGUCAAAACCCGUUACCAGUUUGGUGGCUCAGUAUGACUCUCUGUCGGAUGAAGAUGGUGAUGAUGACGAUGUCGAAACUGGCGGCGACAAUAAAUUGCAGCUGGAAACCAUCUCAGAAUCCGAAGAAGAUUUCAACGAUAAACCAGUAGAAAUCAAAACUGAAGCUGAUAACCUUAUGUCUGAUGUGAGUGAUGAAGAAAGUACCUUAGCUUCAAUCAAUGUUUCAAAUGCCAUCAAAAUUGAAGGUGCCGAUGAUUUCUCUUCGGACCUGGAAUCUGGCGAGACAGAGUAAUCUUAAGGAAUUGUGAAAAGUUCUUGAAAGUAAAUUUGUUUAGUGAGUUAUCAGAAAAGUAUAUUAAAACUAAGGCUUAGUAAAGAAUGUUUUGUCAACACAUUAAC